CCUUGCUAUAAUCCCAAUGAUCUCAAUCAUAAGUACAGGCUUGCUUCUUUGUGUAGAAUUGAAAUUGCACUAGUCAUGAGUCGAGUGUGGAGUCGCUGGCGUGGCGCAGCAUGUGCAAAAAUACGAGGCCUGAACUCUGUGCCACCUCGCUGCCUAGGAUCAACCAUUCGAAAAGUGCAAAACAAGGUGCACUUUCACCAGACUGUGUAGAUAUAAAGGAAAGACCAGCCCCUUCUACUUUAUUUUUUCUCAGUCAACCUCUUCCCACGAAUCGUUUAUCUGACCCAAAUAUACCUCUACCAAACGAACAGAGGGCUUUUAUUAAGAUUCGAUAAGCUCCUCCCCCGAACAUUGGAUUGAUCUGCUGCGUCACCUGGGUACCUCUUCCUCAAAACCUCGAACCGACCGCAUCAGGUAGCCUUAUCAUCGUCCUCAUCAUCACCAUCAUUAGUGAGGCGCUAUUAUGGCUUCAUCCGGCAGCGUCUUCUCAUCAACGCUACAGACUAUCACAACCACCAAACUCGAGGAGUUGGAUCAACAACGUGUCUCCUACGAAAAGAAGUAUGCAGACCUUAUUCGCUCCGCACAAGCAGAACAAGAUCCCGUGAAACGACUAUUUAUCCUGGUCGACGGUGCCAAAGCCUGCUUGGGAGUCAAAACUAACAACACGCGUAAGAGCAACGAUGGCGGGCCGCUCGGCCGCGUUGUCUUCGGUGGGACCCGAAACCAUCGUCUGGAGACAGAUCUAUCCAAUCUGGAUAGGUUCCUCGAGCAGGCACGCUAUGACCCAUCUGUGUCACCAAAAGUAUUGGCGGAUUGGGAGAAAUGUAUAGUUCACUAUCUCGCGGUGCAGUCAUCGAAAUAUCAAUACGCCGACCUUUAUGGAAAGCUAGUGACUGAAUGGCUUUCAUCAGAGAAGCAGGAGACUUCUGAUGGCGACGUCGAGAUGGCAGAGAGUUUCGAAGAGAUUCCCGGCGCCAAGAAACUCGAGGCUCGAACCGAAUGGGAGAAAGUCGUCUUUGAGCAGGCCAAGGUAGACACGACAGCGCUCAGUAGCUAUCUGCGCGACCUUUUCUUCUCGAAAAAGGACGUUGGAAAAGCCAUUGAAGAACUUCGCAAAACUGUCGAAAAUUUCGAACAGAACUCGAUCGGUGCUGAUCCGUUCAAUGUAUCCACUCUCCGAUGGGUCAUCGAUGGCCUGCAGAGCUCUGACCUUCUCAACAAUGAGAAGCGCGAAGUGUUGAAAGACUUCUUGAGCAACGACAUCAUUCUUACCGAAAUUGCCGAUGUCCUCAAUAUGCGCAUGAGUGCUCUCGACAGAUGGACAUGGGGAGACCAUGUCCCACUGGAGCAGCGUCGCAAGGUCAACGGAACUUUUAGCAUCCAUAUGCAUGAGGACCUUCUUCAAGCUAUAUUUCUGCAGUAUAUUGGAGUGAAAUGGUCGGUGUUAUUCAAAAAUGCCUUCAAGAAGUUCCGCGCUCAAGCAUGGACCAAGGCCUACCCAACAAUUACCAAAGAGGAACGCAUACGUCGAGGUUAUUUCCUCGGGAAUACUGGAGAUGACCAAUCUAGGAUAAGUCUUCACUCCACGCGGGACUCCAUGCAUCGAAACCGAUACUUCGCACACCAACUUCUCGACCAAGUCACCCAGCGUAUUGAAUAUGAAGAAGGUGAAGAGGAAGCGGAGUUUGCAGACCAUGUUGAUAUGGCACCAAAACGGAAGCGAUCAAGGCAGACAGCUGUGCAGUCAAUGCCAUCCCAAGCGCCACAUGCAAGAAUGGUACGAGCACCCGCCCCGGCGGCACAAAAGCGCAUGGCGCAAAACAUGAUGGCACAGCAAGCGUUCGGAGGUAGUCGUGGUGGCUAUUCGCCAUCUUCGCCAAUGUAUUCCAUGUCUCCAGCAUAUGUGGAAGAGGAGGAAGAAGAAACUGCACCAGCAUCUAAGAAGCCUAUGGAGGUUAAGCAAGGUCUUCUGCAUCUCCUAUCCGCCGAAAUUGCCGUCAAUACCAAGUUGCAUGGCGAGCUGACAUGCUUUCAUUCCGUCUUUGACUCAUGGAAUCCACUACUUCCUCAUACUACCGUCAUUGCCAUACUCAAGUAUUUCGGUGUGUCUGUGAAAUGGCUCACGUUUUUCAAGACCUUCUUGCAGGCCCCGCUCAAAUUCAUGGAUGACGGGGAUGUGGCCCCACGGUCACGGAGAAGGGGUACACCUGGGUCCCACGCGCUCAGCGACGUGUUCGGUGAGACGAUCUUGUUCUGCCUCGACUUUUCCAUAAAUCAGGACACUAAUGGAGGAGUUUUGCAUCGUUUGUAUGAUGAUAUCUGGUUUUGGUCGCCUGAGUACGAGACUUGUGUCAAGGCUUGGGCUUGUGUACUCAGCUUCAAACAGGCCAUGGGCGUACACCUCAACGAUACUAAAACAGGAAGUGUGCGGAUAACGCUUCGGGACACUUCUUCUAGCCCAUUGGAUAUCGACGAACGCUUGCCUGCGGGCGAAAUCCGUUGGGGUUUCCUUCGCCUCGAUCCCGCAACUGGGCGAUUUGCAAUUGACAAAGCAAUGGUCGAGUCGCAUGUCGAAGAGUUGCGCGGGCAGCUAAAAGGGAAGUCCAAAUCGAUCAUAGAUUGGAUCCAAGCGUGGAACACGUAUGCUGCUACCUUCUUCAGUUCCAAUUUUGGGAAGGCAGCGAACUGUUUUGGACGUGCUCACGUUGAUAUGAUGCUGGCCACGCAUCGACACAUACAGGAACGGAUCUUCGACGGCGGUAAUGUUGUCCAAUUUCUCAAGAAAAUGAUUGAUGAGAGAUUUGGCGUGAAGAAUGUUCCAGAUGGAUUUCUGUUCUUCCCGGUGGAGCUUGGAGGUCUCGAUCUCAAGUCCCCAUUUGUUGGCCUCUUGCAGAUACGUGAAUCGGUGAAGGAGAAUCCAUUCGAUCUCAUAGACGAGUUCCUCGAGACGGAGAAGGAGGACUAUGUUGAAGCAAAGCGGGUAUUUGACAGUGGGGACUUACAUGGUAUUAGAUAUGGCACCAAUGCUGCAUGGAAGCCUGAGUUUGCCCCCACGACGUUCUUCUCAUUCGAGGAGUUCGUGAAAUUUCGCGAGGAGAUUCCUGCAACAGCAAAAGCGAAUCUUGUUGCAACCUUCCGUGACCUGCUCAGAAAACCAACCGAGCAAAGCAUCGAUUUCACUGCACCGAUUCGCGAGGCAAUCGAGCGCCUCCAAGGACAGCAUAACCUGCGAGGCAUCACCUCGGAUUGGCAAAGUAUGGAGGCAUAUUGGAAGUGGGUUACGCAAAUGUACGGACCAGAAAUGGUGGCCACGUUUGGUGGGUUGAAUGUGGUAGACCCGGGGUUGCUUCCUAUAGGUAUGGUAAGCAUGUUUAGGCAGAAGAGGACUAAAUGGCAAGGAUGAACCAGCACCAGCGAGUUGGAAUUGUAAUCAAGAAAUGAAAGAUAGUAUUGAAACAUGGCGCUUUCUCCAACACGCUUAUUUAUGCACAAGAUCUACAUAUUAAAU